GCGACCCCACCCGGAGCGCUUUAAAAGCCCGUAGAUGGCAGCUCUGCAUCCUCCCCAUAGCCACAGCAAAGAGAGAGCGGACAGCGGAGCGAAGCGCAUGCAGCAGCGGACUAUCCUCACGACAUCAAGCCGAAGGAAAACCGGGAGCGAAGAAAAUGAGAGGGCGGCUGCUGAACUUUGGGAAGAAGUAGUUUGAUAAGCGAAUAUUUAUUCCGGCGGAAAAACCUCCAAAUUGCGCGGAGAAAAAGAGAAGCCAUGCAGCACUACGGGGUGAACGGCUACUCUCUGCACGCCAUGAAUUCCCUGAGUGCCAUGUACAACCUUCACCAACAGGCGGCGCAGCAAGCGCAGCAUGCACCUGACUACAGGCCCUCAGUGCAUGCGUUAACCCUUGCAGAGAGACUAGCAGACAUUAUCCUUGAGGCCCGCUAUGGCUCCCAGCACAGAAAGCAGAGGCGCAGUCGCACAGCCUUUACCGCGCAACAGCUGGAGGCUCUGGAAAAAACCUUCCAGAAGACCCACUAUCCUGAUGUGGUGAUGCGGGAGCGCCUGGCCAUGUGCACCAACCUGCCUGAGGCCCGUGUGCAGGUGUGGUUCAAGAACCGCAGAGCCAAGUUUCGCAAGAAGCAGCGCAGUCUCCAAAAGGAGCAGCUACAGAAGCAGAAGGAAGCGUCAGGAGCUGGUGAAGACUCACCAGAAGACUCUAAAACAGACCUCACAAAUACUCCUAACACCACCACCAGUACCACCACCGUGGUUCCUGAGGUCCGCAGUCCUCCUCCUCCUCCUUCGUCCUCUUCAUCCUGUCACUCAGAGUCAGAGCGGCUGGCCGCAGCACGGCCUCAGCCGGGAGAGAUGAGCGUGGAAGUCAAUGUCACGUCCCCAGAGCCAUCAGACAGCGAGUCAGCAACAGAAGAUAAUGCUGAGCGAGAGGAGGAGGAAAUUAGUGGGGAGUCUAGGGUAAAACUCAGGGAGGAGGUGCAAGCAGACGGGUCUAUCCAGGCAGGAAGGAGCUCUCCGUUCUGCAAGAGACUCAGUCCCACAUCAGACUCUCCCUUGAGCUCCCCCGCCCUGCCCACCUCCAGCAGUGUAACCAGCGGGCUGGUUCAGAGUAACUCCUACGCCUCGUCUCCCCUCAGCCUCUUUCGACUGCAGGAGCAGUUUCGGCAGCACAUGGCAGCCACAAACAAUCUGGUGCACUACCCAUCCUUUGACAUGAGCGCACCGUCCUCCCUGCCCUACCUGGGCAUGAAUGUCAACAUGCCUUCCCCACUGGGCUCACUGCCCUGCCAGUCCUACUACCAGACCCUAUCACAAGCCCAGCAGGUGUGGAACAGCCCGUUGCUGCAGGCGGCUCCAGGCAGCCUCCCGGGAAGCCUCAACAGCAAGACUACAAGCAUCGAGAACCUCCGGCUAAGGGCCAAGCAGCACGCAGCGUCGCUGGGACUGGACACGCUUCCCAACUGAAGAACCUGGCUGCAUUUCAAGCCAAAAAUCCAACUUUUCUUUUGACCUCUCAAAGUAGUUUCGUGCAUCCAAGAAGAUUUUCUGCAGAAGCCCAAGAACACAUCAGUGUUACCUCCAAUAUGAUCACAAGAUGUUUUGCUGAUCAAAUGUCUAAUGUCCAUACUAAUUUUCAAGUAAAAGUCACAUGAACUGCUGAUGUUUAAUUUGCAUUGUGAAAACCAGAGUUCAGUGGUUAAGAGGAGAAAAGAAAGCGUUCACAAAAUAAACAAGCUGAGCUAAAGUAAAUACUUUGGAGGACCUACCUCAAUAUGGAUUGUCAACACACAAUUUCCUAUUGCCUCAUUAUCAUCAUCAUAGUCAUUCACCUUAAAGACAAGAGGAAUACAUUGUCUGGAUGGAGUUAAGAGAUAACAAUCAUAACCAUCCCUUCUUGACGGUAGAUGAGACUGAAGAGGAUGUUGCUUUCAUCAACUGUGAAAGGGCGACUGUAUCAGCUGGUGCACACCAUCAUCAAGUCAGGACAAAUAUUCUUCCCAGUGUUCAUCUGAGAUUUUAAAAUAUCUUGCAACUUUACAAGAUCCCUUGAACGUAACAUGUGCAUGCGUGAGAUUCUCUUAAGCUUGGCUUGUAUAGCCACCCAACACAGCUAUCAUGGAAACAGAAAAAGACCUGACACCACAAAACAAAGGUUGGGCCAUUCUCUGAGACCUGCUUGUUCGAAGGCAUUUUUCUCAACUUGGACUAAAUAGAGUCUUGUAAAUAACCCCCAAUGCUUACCUCCAUCUGACUGGUUUCAAAGUAACCCCAAAUCAACAUUCGCGCAAAGGGUUUUGGAGAAAAACUAAAAAUUCUUUCCCAAUUAUAACCUCGAGCAACCACAUAAAUAAAAUACAGGGGAAAAGUUGCCAACCUUUUUGUGCUUGCCAGUGGCUUCGGCAGAAAGAAGCAAAUGGUACAUCUCUGUAUUAUAUAUCACUGUAGAUGAAAGACAUGUACUUGUCAGUUGGUUAAAAUAUGAGUAAUUUAUCUGUUCAGUACAAGAGAAUAAAUUGUAAAUGAAGUGUU